AUGCCUCUUUCCAUCCUCAUCAGCGGCGCAGGGAUCGCCGGCACGGCCCUCGCCUUCCGGUUAUCCAAGCUCGGCCACCGAGCCACCGUGGUAGAACGGUUCCCCCAUCUGCACGCGAGUGGCCUCCAGCUUGAUCUCCGCGGCGAUGGCAUCCAGAUUCUUAGGCAGAUGGACCUUGAAGACGUCUUCCGUGCACACGCUGUCCCUGAACAGGGGAUCCAGCUUGUUGACAGCGCAGGACGGCAGCGAGCAUAUUUCCCGGCCAGAAACCAUCGAUCCGGCCCCGUCUCGCAGGCGUUCACCAGCGAAUGGGGGAUCAUGCGAGGCGAUCUGUGUCGGAUCGUGUACCAAGCAGCCCAGGACAGGGUCACCUAUAGAUAUGGAACGUCGAUCGAGAGCUUCGAACAAGACAGCGACGAAGUGGUGGUCCAUCUCUCCGACGGGACCACGGGCAGCUUUCACCUGCUGGUCGGCGCCGAUGGCCAGGCAUCUCAGACUCGUGAGAUGAUGCUGCGCGGAACAGGGCAUGCAGAGCCCUUUCACUCGCUAGACGGCUAUACCGCCUAUUUCACGAUCCCCUGGACGCCGUUCACUAUCGGAUCCUCUCGCUGA